AUGAGAGGAAAUAUUUUAUAAAACAUUGGAAUAUAUGAACUUUUUAAAGUCUUAAAAAUUAACCAGAUGCUAGAAAAAAUAGAUUUGACAGACAAUUAAUUUAAUACAACUGAAGAUAAUGACGAAAAUAAAUAAAUAAUUGAUAGAAUGUGUGAUGUUUUUUUAACUGCAGAAAAUCUGCUUUAUUAUGAUUUUAGAUUUAAUAAUAUAUCUGAAGAAA